UGGGUAGAAUAGCGAGCGUGGGGGGUGCGAAGACCCAGAGAGUCUGCGGGAGGCUCGUAAGGCUGCAACAUGGGCGCUUUUGGCGGAGGACGCUUCUUGCUCGGAACUGUAAGCUGCACCCUCUUCCUGGCUGUUAACAGCUUAUAUUCUUCCAGUGAUGACGUUAUAGAUCUAACACCAACAAACUUCAAUAGGGAAGUCAUUCAGAGUGACAGUUUAUGGCUUGUAGAGUUCUAUGCACCAUGGUGUGGCCACUGCCAAAGACUGACCCCUGAAUGGAAGAAAGCUGCAACCGCACUGAAAGGUGCUGUGAAAGUGGGAGCAGUUGAUGCAGAUAAACACCAGUCCCUUGGUGGCCAGUAUGGUGUCAAAGGAUUUCCCACGAUCAAGAUAUUUGGUGCCAACAAGAACAAAGCAGAAGAUUAUCAAGGGGCCAGGACAAGCGACGCAAUCGUUGAUGCGGCUUUAGGUGCUCUCCGGUCACUGGUAAAAGAUCGCCUUAGUGGUAGAGGAGGUGGAUUUAAUUCUGGAAAACAGAGCAGCCGUGAAAGUGGAGGUUCAGGUAAAAAGGAUGUGAUCGAGCUGACAGACGACAACUUUGAGAAGAACGUCUUAAAUAGCGAUGACAUCUGGCUGGUUGAAUUUUACGCUCCUUGGUGUGGACAUUGCAAAAAUUUAGAGCCAGAAUGGGCAUCAGCUGCAACAGAAGUGAAGGAGCAAACCAAUGGAAGAGUUAAAUUGGCUGCUGUAGAUGCCACAGUGAACCAAGGUUUAGCAAGCCGAUACGGGAUCCGUGGAUUUCCUACAAUAAAGAUCUUCCAGAAGGGAGAGGACCCUGUUGAUUUUGAUGGUGGAAGGACAAAAUCAGAUAUUGUUGCUCGUGCUCUGGAUCUAUUUUCAGAUAACGCACCAGCACCUGAACUCCUAGAGAUUAUUAACGAAGAUGUCUUGAAGCAAACAUGUGAUGCUCACCAGCUCUGUAUCAUUUCUGUUUUGCCCCAUAUUCUUGACACAGGAGCUGCAGGUAGAAAUUCCUACUUGGAAGUCAUGUUGAAAAUGGCAGACAAAUACAAAAAGAAGAUGUGGGGGUGGCUGUGGACAGAGGCCGGAGCGCAGUCUGAUCUAGAAAAUUCCUUGGGAAUCGGAGGAUUUGGAUACCCCGCUAUGACAGCAGUUAAUGCUCGAAAGAUGAAGUUUGCACUCCUGAAAGGGUCUUUCAGCGAGCAGGGGAUUAACGACUUCCUUAGGGAACUCUCCGUUGGUCGUGGGUCUACAGCACCAGUAGGAGGAGGGUCUUUUGCAAAAAUUAACACUGUAGAGCCAUGGGAUGGCAAAGAUGGUGAGCUACCAGCUGAAGAGGAUAUUGAUCUCAGUGACAUAGAUCUUGAUGACUGGGAUGCUGGAAAAGAAGAAUUGUGAGAGCUUGAAGACAUUGUUUCUUGAGAGACUUUGGGCCGUAGUUUGACGGAACAAUGCUUUACAUCAUACGGACGUACCAGUGGCCUUUUUUGCUGAGAGAAAGAGAAGCCCUUAGUCCGCUGUUGGAAACACUACAAAUAGUGUGCCUCUCAAGAAAAAAACAUCUCUAAAAUUCUAUGAAUUUUUUUUUUGUAUUAAGUAAAAUUGAUUGUAUCCUGCGCAACAGAUACUUUGAGGAUGACACCGAUCUUUCAUUGAAAUAAUCCUAUUUUGGCUUUUGUCCAGCUGGUAUGUGGUGGUUGACAGUGACUUGAGACUUUUAUUGUAACUAGUUUUUAAACGUGACCUAUUUCCCCUCCCAAAAGCCUUUGUUUCAAUGAAAGAAUAAAACAAUAUUUUUGA